UCUUCCUCUGCUGCGUUAUGCGCAUGGUCCCGACAGCGAGAAAGCUCCUGUUGGCGUCUGCCUCAUAGUUCGCUUUUGGAUUAUUUGAUAUCAUAGUAAUUGCCGUACAGUCCUUUGCGUGUGAUGAGGGAAAGGCUGUAAAUACCCAGCCUCUAGCGAUGCAAUGAGCUGCUGUUAGUUGUUGAAAUCAAAAGUGAAAGUGCGAUGGUGCUUUUGUGUUCUCAGCAGUUGUUUCACUUUGUUUUGUUGUUGUAGCCUGCGAACGUUAAACACUUCCUGUAGCACUCUUAAUUUAUUAAACCGCGAAACGAGACCCCAUGAUGGAGAUUGUAGUGGUUUUGUUUGGAUACUUGCUGACGUGCGUUUGUGCUGACGGGGUUGCAGAUGUGGUACUUUCCUGCACCCUGGUGGAGGAGGGAGUCGGACUUGGUGGAAUGGGAGGUGGUGCACACUUCACACGGACCCCAGCCACUCUUGUCUUAAGAGACGUUCCGGUGGCUUCUGACGAAUCCCUCGAAACACUCACUCCGUUUGUCCCGCCUUCGAUCCCUGACUCGGACGCCAUCCUGUUAGAAGUUAAAGUGUCAUCACCUGAGAUCCCCAAUGCACAUGUGUUGCUCCACGCGGACUGCAAUGAGCAGGAGGUGAUGUGCGAAAUAAGCCGUUACUCUCCUCAUGGAUCCCAGGAAAGUUCAGGAUCAGCUUAUUUUAUGGUGUCUGUUAAUGUGGAGGGAGUUGAGUUCAGCACCGCGUUGAUUCUGCAGACCUUGGUGGUGGAGAAGGACCAGUCGACCCUCAUACAAAACCAACUGGGUCUGCCUCUUAGCCAGUCGGGAACUCUUCUGACUGAGUUGAUAUUCUUGGUCUAUUCCCACGUAAAGUCUGUGUCUGCCCCUCUAAGAGGCGAUGUUGUCCUCAACUGUGGCUUCAAGCAGCAGGAGAUACCUUUAGCGCAGGAAGUGGCCGUUGAAUGGCGACUGCAACACAGGGGAAAAGGGUGGAAAGUGCUUGAAAUGAAGACGAGGCUGGAUGACGCAGAAGGGAGCACAGUGGUGCAUGAACAGAGGAGGGGAUCAAGCAUGGAUGCCUCCCAGGUUGUUGGAGAGGGUAACGCCUCUGUGACUCUGACCAAGCUGAAGGUUUUGGACGAGGGGAGCUACAUCUGUACCGUCAGUAUUGGCGUGUUCCACACCCAGCAGGUCAUUCAACUCCAGGUUAAUCAACCACCUCAUGUUUCACUCUCAGAGGAGAAAUUGGUUUUGAAGACGGAGUCCCCCCAGACGCUGAGCUGCCACUGUGCUAACUACUAUCCACUGGAUGCUCAGAUGGAGUGGUUGUCCCUCUCUCCUACAGACACAGAGCCCACAGUGCUUCCGGAUCAGGGCUCUCUGUCCAGCCAUCGACAGCAUGGUGACGGGACUUAUUCCCUGUCAUCUCAUCUCUCUGUGCCUUCCACUGUCUCCCCUGGGACUGAAAUUACCUGCAGGGUGUCUCACCCAGCCCUAGACGCUCCUCUCUCUGUCAGCCUGGUCGUAGAAAGUCCAGAACAAGGUUCCUAUUGGUGGGUUCUGGGUUUUCUGAUCAUCACUUUGCUUUUCUUCUACCAGGUCAUGAGAUAAGUUAUAUUCUAGGAGAUACUCCUGACUUAAACCUGAGCCCAGAGUGACUUUCUUUGUGUCAUUUAUGAUUCUGUAAGUUUAUUACCGAUUUCUUUAGAAGCCAUCACUGGUUCUUUUAAUUCAACUAGGCUUCUACUGAACUGUAAAAAUGCAAUUUUGGGGGAAAAAAAAUCAGUAUUUUACUAUUUAGCUAUAUAACUUGUUUGCUUUAUAAAUUUGCUGUUGAGUAUUGUUGGUGGUAGUUUACUCAUGUAGAGUUGCAGUAAGCAAAUUUGGAGGUUGUGUUUCUGUUGCUUGUGUGGCAACCCAGGGGGCGUGGCGGCAAGAGUCACAAUAAAACAGGAGACUCAGAGGCAGUUAAAGUGUCCUUUAUUAAAGAGGUUGGGGUAAAGGGGAUGGGGUCAAACUCGAACUAAAGAUUCCUCCCGUUUGGGGUCUUUAGCCUUCUCUCAAAAUGUUGAUUAACGCCUGUUCGAUGCUGCCUAUCUCCAGUGGUUCAGGAGAUCCUCCUGGUCUUCCCCCCCCAGCCUGUCUGCCGCUGCUGCUUAGAAGCUGGGUGAACAUAUGCCUGCUAUGAUGCCAUGUGCCCAGUGGCUGCAGCACCUGAACCGGAUAGAACACUCCCUCUAUCCCCCAGCCUGAGCUUGGGGAUCCGCCCCCUGUGCUGGAUUCCCCCUGGUUUUCCACACCUGUAACAUAUUCAAUCUUAAAUCACAAACUAUACUCAGACGUUUUUGAUGUUAAGAGGUAAUACUUUUUUUUUUUGGAAACUUUUUUUUCUUUUGCACUGUUUUCAUUUGGUACACUUUUUUUAAAAGUAGCCUAUGUUUUUAUGGAUCUUUUCUGUGUGUGAUCAUUUUGUAUUUUACUUUUCACAAUGAAGGAUUUUGUGACUCUGCAACAUUGUUUAAGGUAUUUGACAUUAUCAAUAUCAAUACAUUUCUUGUAUCACAUCUAGCAACCAUUCAAAUCUCUCUUGUAGAUAAGUCAAGAAUCUGUAUAUGGUAAUAAGAAAGCUGGUAUCACUUGAAGUAGAGUAGAUUGCAAAAAUAAAUGUUCUAAAAGUUCUAAGUUCGCUCAAAAUGUCAAGAGACUGUAACAAAGGUUCUGUUGAUGAUUUCUUUAUUGGCAUCAGCAAAAGUGUUAAGCAUGCAUUUGUUUUCGCAAAUCCAGUUGCAUCAUCUCACUGCAUUUUCAGGUUGCAAAUCACAAAACAUGUUCUCAUGUGGUAAUUACCUAAUAAUAUUGUUACACAAUAUCAUCAGAUAAUUAUAACUAACUGCUACAAUUAUGCAUCUUUAUUUUGAUCAACUUUCAAAAUCAGUCCGAAGAAAAGAAAACUAGCUUUUCUUUUAUAUCCAACAACC